ACAAAACAGCCCAACCAAUAAUGUCCAAAGAAAUAGGGCAUUUUUAGGUAUUGUCAGUGAACCAACACGAUUCGGAAUUCAAUUUGAGACUAUAUAUUUUCCCCAUUGAAAGGAAAACAUACUUUUAACUCCAAGUCACUGGUUUUAAUUAAAGCGAGUCCUUAAUCCCUCGGGGGUGAAUGAAGUUUUGAGCAUUUGUAUGAGGACAUAAUUAUCUCAUUAGGGCAAGCUUUGAGAGCCUCUAGGGACAUUGCGCUGAUUUAAUGGUAGGGAUCUUGGACUCCGGGCGAGUAUUUUCAGGGGGAAACUUUUUUUAACCUUGCAGAGAGUAGGCUAUGAGGUCCCGGUGUCACUGUGGGUCAGAUCUACUCUUACAAAAUUACACGAGCGUGAUCGAGUAAGACGAGUGAGUCAUACCGGGUCUCAUAAGGCUUUAUUCAUUUUCAUUUGUUGUCAAAGGAGAGACGAGCGUUGGGGGUUGAAAACUUAACUCUUCGGUACCAUUUAGGGGAGUAAAAAUGUACAGCUUGUGCUGGUGUGGAAGUAGUUUUUUUAUUUUUAAACGAGACGUCAUUCUGAAAGGCGGACAAGGCAUUUUGAAGGAAAAAUGGACCCUGUUUACUUCCUUUGAAUGAUCCUGACAUUUCAGUGCAUCAGCCGACAAACAGUAGAGAACGGUUUAAAUAAACGGUGUGAAAUAUUUUCGACAAUUGGAGCGUUCAAGAGGGAUGGAUACGGGGUAUUUGCCGGAAAAACAAUUUACUCCUAACCCCCUUAGCAGGAUGGACACUGUUGACGGCAGCCAAAACAGGAAAAACUUUAGCGUGAGCCAUCUUCUGGACCUGGAAGAAGUGUCGGUCAUGAACUGCAUAAAGGAACCGGCUGUGGUGAUGAAGGACGUCGGGAAAGGACUUAAGGAACAAUCUGCCGCGAGUAGCGGAAGCGAGGCAGCGAGACAGGACACUGAUAGCCAGACUCCGGAGCAGAACCUGGUCAAGAGGAAGAAGAAACAACGCCGCAGUCGGACCACAUUCAACAGCAGCCAGCUGCAGGCCUUAGACAGGGUCUUUGAGCGCACGCACUACCCUGACGCCUUCGUGCGUGAGGAGCUGGCUCGGCAGGUCAACUUAAGUGAGGCCCGGGUUCAGGUAUGGUUCCAGAAUAGAAGGGCCAAGUUCCGUCGGAAUGAGAGGGCUGUUCUGGCCAGCCGCUCAGCUAACCUGCUCAAGUCCUACAACCAGGAGGCAGCCAUUGAGCAACCAGUGGCCCCACGCCCCACCCCCCUCAGCUCUGACUACCUAUCCUGGUCCUCUUCCACACCCUGCAGGCAAUCUGUUUCUACUAUGUUUUCUCUUCAGCCCAGCCCCUUCCUAUAGCCCCUCGAGCGCACCAGUGGCUGGACAGGGGGUCAAUAUGGCCAACAGCAUCGCUAGCCUGCGGCUCAAAGCCAAGGAGUACAGCCUGCACCAGAGCCAGGUGCCCACAGCUAACUGAGCAUCCUACCCGUCGGCCCUGCCAGACAAACCCAGAACGUGCCAAGGUCACAGACCCACAGAGACUAAGGACAUGCCAGGAAAGAAUACUGAUUACCCUGAAAUUUCCAGAAGCACUGUGUGUGCAUUCUUGCCCAGCAACAGCACUGAAUCAUGGACACUGGAAAAUCACAGACACUGUGUUCCUUGAAGUGAGGCUUUAAGGAACACAGUGAUGACGUGUUGCUCUAGUAUGGCAGGUAUAGAUUUUUUUGUACACUCCAUUUUUUGUUUUCUUGAUGCUGGCUUGAUGUUACGUUUUAUAAUCAUAUUUAUCUAAAUUGCUUCAGUUUGAUUGGGUUCUAUUCGAUUUCCUGUAUUGUAUUGUUUUCUCAUUUAAAGUGUAUAAUCUAUGAUGUAUCAUAUACAGGGUUUGAGAGUCAGCCAAGAUUCAGACAGAUUUUUUGUCAUAGUUGACUUGCAAUGAUAUUAUGUGUUCUUGGUGAUCACCAAAAUUAUAUUCAGUGCAAAUUGAAAGCUGUUAUUAAAUGCAAAUGUAACUACAGUAAAUUUGCUAGGUAAAGUUAAGGGAAAUUUUUUAUUGAAGCCUGGUGACCUUUAUCAAAUCAAAAUCAAACCAAAUUUUAUUUGAAUAGUGUAUUUUACAGCAGUUGUCACAAAACGCUUUGCAGACAGCCCUGGCCUAAACCCCCACAGGAGCAAGCGUACGGCAACAGUGGCAAGGAUAAACUCCCUCUGGCAGAUGGGAAAAAACCAGGCUCUAGUGUUUAUGUCAAGCCCCAUUUAUCAGAUGCCAUUAGAUAGAAUGUUUUUUAUUCCACAUUUGUUAUAUUGUGAAUGACAAUUGCAGAAAUACUUUUCGGUCCAAUCCUGUUUUUCUGUAACAGAAGACAGCAGACAUUGAGCAUUGUAAUCAGAUUUGACACAUCCAAUUUGAGUUCGUCCAAAAAGAGGAAUAUUCAGCUAAUAGGAGUUGAAACAACAAAACCUAGUCACAGGCAGUGAAGCAGAUAAGAGAUGGUUAAUGGUUAGGUUUUUUGAAAUGGGAAGUGUGCAUUACAGGCAUUUUUUGAGAAUGUAUGAGAUUAUUCUAUAAUCCAAAAGUCAGUUAUUUCCCUUCUCAAAUAUGAGUGGAAUUAUCUAUUUUAGGGUAUAGGGUGCAGAUUGAUAGCAAAGAGCUUGAAGCCUGAAAGGGGACACUAUAUUGAUAGUCUUAGCCCCUUAAUGCAGACUGGUGCUGUGCCACAGUGCUAGUAGAUAAGCUCUCAGAAAUAAUUCAAGUAAAACUUGUUUGUUUUGAAACCAACAAACAGAACAGGCAGAACUGUUCUGGAUUUAGAGAUUUUAAAGCUGGAGAAUAACAUAGCUUUUCCAUAAAUGAGACAAAAACAUUUGGGAGGAUUGGGUGGUAUCCCAACUUUCAUUCUCUCCUUAUCACAACACUUCCAGUCAAAGAUUGUUAGUUGUGGUGAGUGAAUAUGAUGAUCACUAUCCUCUUUCUUCAUUUAUUGUCUCUCACCUUGCUCUAAAGUAAUGGCUGUUUGCUCCCCAUUUAAGUAACAAUUACGCUACACAAUGCAGCUGUUUCAAAUGUAAUGCAUUAAGUUGAUAAAUACAUCCUGUUUAGAAGACAAGAUAAAAAAUCUCACAAUGGGAAACCUCAGGUAGCAUUGUUUGGAAUAGUGCUUGUAUAGUUUGUGUGAAGUAAUGUGGCCCAAAUGGCAUUGUUUAGAGAUGAAGAGAUAUUUUUGCCAAAUGUUCAUUUAAGGAAUGGAGAAUUUGUAGCUACUUUGUAAUUCGUCAUUUUUGAAUGUUUCAGACAUUUUUGUUGAGGGUAGAACAUAACUUACCUACUUCUGUUUGUCUGUUGGUUUUAUAUGCAUAUCUGAAAUUAAACUGAAUAUAUUAACAUUAUGUCUGAAAUAACAUUGCAAUGUUGCACUCAUUAUUGGAAGCCUUAUUGUACAGUAAUAUAAUAUUGGUGUUGUUUGAUAUUUUGCUACAUAAUAUAUUUACAAUUCCUGGAUGACUCAACUAUCACUGGCAUUUAGUUGAGUCAUCCCUGUUUCAUUAUAAUAUUACAAGGAUCUUUUUAUCUGAGCCACUAAUAUACAGCUUGCAAACAACAGAAAUGAACUCAGCACCUAAAACAUAGCAUGUACUAUGCUAUGCUACUACAAAACUGUACUCAGAUAUAGGGCCUAUUAUAGAGUGAAAUUUACUUGUAAGUAUAUAAGAUGUAGGAAUAACCUGACUGUUAUUGUGAAAUUUGCAGGACAGAACUGUUGCUGUUCAAAUGCUGUCUAAACUUUGCAUGCGAUAAUAAAGCACUUGUUUUUAACACUUUUCUGCUAAGUCAAGGCAUGAAAAAUUACCUUUCCGUUUAUUUUAGUCAGCAGAUUAGCUAAUUGAAAUGCAUUUUAUUUGGAGAUCUGUAUAUUCAUUUAUGCUCCUUGAAAUGAUCAAAUAUCUCACAGUCUGUCACAAACUCUUUGAGUCAAGAUCACAUGAAAGAAGUGUCUGUAUGGCUGAUAAAAGAGAGAUUAUUUCUGCCGACAAACGAUUUAUAAUUUGGGGUAAUACUAUACGAUUUCUGUGAAAUAAGAAAAUUCCUUUGAUGAAAUGAUUCAUUUAGGUUUCAAAUAGUUAGUAGUCAAAUAAGCUACCAAUUUUGCAAAUGUAUUAAAAACAAUUGGGUUGAAAUAAUAUGCAUCAAACUUGUGUUUCAGUUCAGCGGACUACGAUAGCCAAUACAAUUAGCCAAAUUUCAGAUACAGCAUUGCAUUGUGGUUUGUAUACUAGAAAUUGUCACUUCUAAAAAAAUGGACACAAGUAAGAUCAGUUGAUAAAACAUUAAUAACUACUGUAUUUCAUUAAUAGCCAUGUUAACAGUUUUCUUGUUGAUAUAUUGUACAUAAAACAUAUUUUUGAAGGAAUUUUCUUUA